CCAAACCUUCUACAAAAAACACCACACCAGAGGUUCCCUUAAACAAUAUAAUCCCAGAAAUUAUUCUCCAGAUUUCCCAUAGUGGAAAUUAAAAAAAAAAACUAAAAAAUGGCGCGUUCUUUCUCCAACGUUAAAACUGUCUCUUCCUUCAUCGCCAACCAAAUCUCCGCCGCUGUUACCAGGAGGGGAUACUCUGCUGCGUCGCAGGGGCGAGUUGUCGGGGCUGCGAACGUGGUGGUGAAGAAAGGACCGGUGAAGGUCGGGGAGAGCGCAUGGGUGCCCGACCCGGUGACCGGGUACUACAGGCCCGAAUGCAAUGCCAAGGAGCUUGACCCAGUGGAACUGAGGGAGAUGAUGAGGAAGAGCAAGAACAACGCUAAAUGAACCGCACCCGCCAUGGGAACGGCCUUUCAAAAUGUGAUCUUAUUCGCCCCGUUACUGGACACGGAUCAUAGAUCAACAAUGCGUUUAAUAUGACCAGGCCGUUUCCUGGUAUUAUUACUACUCUGUUUUUAUGUAUGCUCACAGUAUUUUUGUUGCUAAUGUUAUUAAUAUAAUAGUAUACUCCUACUAGUAGAUUUUUGUUUGAA